UGUCCAUUAGUUUCAUGCCUCGUGGUUUUCCUCAAAUUAAAAAUGUUCGCGUAUGUAAAAUAUUUGGACUCCUGUCCAAACAAAGUGAAGCAUAAAGAUAAACAAAUUGUGCCAGUUGAAGAUAUUAUAAAUUUUCAAAAAUAUGAAAAAAAUAAUUGUCGAGAGUUCCGAAUUAAAUGCGGAGAAAAAUUGGGCUUAGGUUUAAUAGGAUUAGUAGGCGAAUCAAAGAAGGAUGUAGAAGACAAAUUGCUAAACGGUCCGCGUCCCAAAUUCGCAACGAUCAGUCUUCGAAAAGAAAAUUCGGAUUUAAAAGAGACCCAUCAAAAUAAUAAGACUGUGAAGCAACGUUUAGCUAAGGAGCUUAAAGGGAAAGAUAUUUUAGCUAAAAGAGCUAAAUUAGACAUAUCAAAACAGGAGCCAAACAAGAAUAAAGAUAAGAAGAGUAUCAAUAUAAAUAAGUCUACCAGAAAAGAAAUAGAAGGAAAAAAUCAUAAGCUUGUUUCAAUCAAUAGAGAAAAAUUAGAUCUUAGUGAAAAUGAUGAGACUGAAAUGGAUAAUAUAAAUGGAGGACCUGAAAAAUCAAAGCCUAUUUUAAAAAAAGUAGGAGAAGAAAAUGAUAUGCUUGCUGUAAUCAAAACAGAAAAAUUAGAUUUAAGUGAAAAUGAUGAGACUGAAAUGAAUAAUAUAAACAGACGAGCUGAAAAAUCAAAGAGUGUGAGCGAACAUUUUACUGAACCAGAAAUGGUAGACAAAAUUUUAGCAACCAAUGAAUCGCAAGAUCACUAUGCAGAAAAGGAAGUACAAGUUCCAAAUUCGGUACCUAAAGAUAGGGAAGUCAACAAUAAUUCUCAAAAUACGACUCAGAGUAAUAAUCGAGUAAAACUGGAGAGGUACUCCAUUGUAAAUAAUCAGAUUUACCUAGGAGGAGGUGUUCUUUUUCACAAAAAUGAUUGGGAGGUUUUAAAAAAAAAAUCUAAAAAUUCUCUUUGGCUAUUAGGAGUUAUACGAAUUUUUUGGCCUAAAGGAUUCGAAAACAGAUGUGUCGAUUCGAAAAGAUUACGAGUUGGAAAGGAUGGUGAAACUCUUAAACCUUUAUCUCCGAGAAAAAUCAAAACAAUUCAAAAACUUUACCGCGAUCGCCUAAAAGGACAAAACAUCACUGGGAAGUUAGAAGUUCGGGAAAAGUUAAAAGACGUUAGGCGAAAACUAACCCAACAAAUUAACGAUUUUAAGAAAAUAAAAGAACAGCCCUCAGAAACAAAUCCAGAUAUGUCUGAUGAUUCUUCUGAUUUAGAAUAAAAAUAUUACUUUUUUUGGAAAUUUUACAUUAAAAAUGAAGAAACAUUUUAAUUGUCCGGUUUAAUUAUAGUUUGUUUUGUAUCUUCUACUACUUUUAUUAAUAUUAUUUAUUUAAAUAAUCUUGUAUACACAAUACAUCUAACGAACCCAAGUUUUUUUAAGUGUAUUUAAAGUGUAUUUUAAACAAAAAAAAAGAUUACUGUAAUAUCAGGUAUAAUGUAACCAAAAACUUUAGUUGUAAAAAAACUAAAAUUCUCUUUAUUAAGGAGUUAAUGAAACAAAAUAAUAUUUUGUAAUAAUUAUUUAAUAAAAUUCUAUUGUCAUAAUAA